ACAAUUGUCAAAAUAUCAUAUCUGGCCCAAUGGGCCUUAAAGUAAAAAAUAAUAUAAAACUCUCUACUUAUUCCAAAAAAAUCCAAUUUCUCGCGAACGUCAUCGUCGCACUCUCCUUCCGAUCAAGCUCGCCGGCGUUAAUAUUCUGUUGAUUCAGCUGUAAGCCAUGGGAGGCCACGGUGGUUUGAACAUCCUCCCGCAGAAGCGGUGGAACGUCUACAACUUCGACAACAGAGAGAAAGUCCGCAAAGACGAGGAAGCCGCCGCCAAGGAAGCUCAGAUUCAGCGCGAGGAAGCCAGGAAACGAGACGCCCAGUCUCGUCUCGAGGUUCUCCGCAACGUCCGCGGCUUAGCUCCUCUCAAACGACCUUCUCCCGAGGCGGAGAAAGGUAAAGACGCCGCUCCUGCUCCUGCUCCUGCUCCUGCUUCCACCUCCGCGAAGAUUGUUGAACCGGAGGAGCCUAAGACUGGUCACAUCAAUCUCUUCGAAGGGAUCAAGAUCUUCGAUCCCAUCGAGCUGCCGAAGAAGGAUGGUGAUAAGCCUGGGGAGGAGGAAGAUCACAGGAGGAAGAAGAUGAGGAAAGAAGCUGCUGCAACUGCGAGAGCCUCUGCGAAAGAUGCUGCUGCGAGGGCGGGGGAUCCAGAUGAGGAGAAGUAUAGAUUGGGGUAUGGUGUUGCUGGUAAAGGAGUGAAGCUUCCUUGGUACGUUGAGAACAAGCGUAAGUAUGAAGAUAGAGUUGGUUGUGGCGGUGAGGAGGAUGAUGAUGAUGGUGGACGUAGAAGUGAGUCUAAGAAGAAGAGUGGGAAGAAGAGCUUGAAGGAGCUGAGGGAAGAGCGGUUGAAGAGGGAGAGAGUUGAGAAGGAAAGAGAGAGAGCCCUUUUCAUGAAACAGAGCCAGAGAAGCGGUGGCUUUUCACGUAGGCGGUGAUUAAAUCACAAGGAUGACAAAGAAGACGUGUUGCAGAGAGAUUCGAAGACAGAUUCACAUUAUGUAAGCCUCUUUUUGACAUCUAUCCAUGUAUAGAGAGAGAGAUGUUUCAACAGAUAGAAAAGUGGAAAGGAUGUGUUGGUGAAAUCUUUUAUUAUUUGCUUCCUGCUCAAAGAGUUAAUUGCCCUCAAAACUUCAGUGUACUCGUUGCAAAAAUAUAUUAGUAACUAUUCUUUGCAA